CUUUGUGUGCAAAUAACUCAUGUUUGUCGACUGAGUGUAUUUGGAGAACAUUUGGUUUAUCUCAACUAUUGCCUGCCUUUUUUGUCCGUUCUGAUCACCUAUACUUCUUAUUCUACCUCUUCGCCACAUACAGGCGAGUCCUGAUUCACCCGUUCAGUUCAGAAGGGAUACUGGAUCUACCUGAAUAUGUCUACGUCACAUGCACAGCCCGGACCCUCCGGAGGCUCGGCCUCGGGGGUGGGGGCGACCAGCGGGCGGAACCCCAGUGCUAGUAGUGGAAGAGGGGGGCAAGGCGAAAAAGAAACAAAACCCACAAAAUUGAGCAAGGCUCCUAGCACCAGUGCACGCAGAUUGCAAAGAGAACUGGCCGAAAUAACAUUGGAUCCGCCACCAAAUUGCAGUGCUGGACCAAAGGGAGACAACCUGUAUGAGUGGGUGUCCACCAUCCUGGGACCCAAGGGGUCAGUUUACGAGGGAGGAGUCUUCUUCCUGGAUAUACAUUUCACUCAGGACUAUCCAUUCAAGCCACCAAAGGUGAUAUUCCGUACCCGCAUCUACCAUUGCAACAUAAACAGUCAAGGCACCAUAUGCUUGGAUAUACUCAAGGACAACUGGAGUCCAGCACUUACCAUUUCUAAAGUCCUGCUGUCUGUAUGUUCCUUGUUAACAGACUGCAACCCCAACGACCCCCUGGUUGGCAGCAUUGCCCAACAAUACACCAACAACCGCGAGGAGCACGACCGCAUUGCACGACAGUGGACAAAACGCUACGCCACGUAAAAUAGUUCCUUGGAUGUUUGAGUUGCUUGGGUUGAUGACUGAGAGUCGAUGUUAUGUAUGCUGAAGUGCACCUUCUGAAUGCGGAAAAUGUGCAGUAAAUGUGACUUCCCAUGAAGCCAUUAAACUUCUCGCGAGUGAAUAGAGUGGCUAUAUAUUGUGCCAAUUACCCGCAUCAAUCAAAGUAGAGAACAAGAGGUGUCAUGGUCACUCUGGACUGUUUUUCGUCAUUGAAAGUCUGUGCGCUCCUGGACUGAUGUGGAGUCACGUGCUUGAAUUAGUGUACAAUUUGGUUCAUUUAGACGAAGCUUUUUCUGAUAUUACUGCCAAAAUAUUCAAUUAAUAUCUGUAGGAUAAGAUGAGGCUUUGAGGGGAUUUGUCCUUGAACAGUAAGGUUGUAGAUUCAUCACUACAACUGAGCUAGAUAAGAGGGUUGGAUUCAGCUCUAUUUCUCAGUGCUGAAUGGACAAAUCCUCUGUUUAAGCCACCCUCUGAAGCUCUUUGCCUGAUUGUAAGUUUAAACUUGCCAUGAGGUUUGUGGAUGAUAUAGUCAGACUUUGUGAAGCACUUUACUCAUGUACAGAUCACCUGAGCAUGGUUACCAUGGUAAAUUUCAACAUGGUUACCAUGCUAACUGUUUCAGCUUAGUAACCAUGGUAACAAUUUCAGCAUGUUUAAGUUGAUCCACUCUUGUAAGGUGUCUAUGCGUUUUGUUUUUUGCAAACUAUGUCUUCUGUCGUUGCUUUUAGAAAAGAAUCAUAUUGGAGAAGUGUCUUGCAGAUUUGAUUAACAUGUCAGUUUGAACACUUUGGUUGAAAGAUUAACAAUUUAGAAGUUAAUGGUUGGCUUUGAAAUGUUUAACCAUAAUCUUUCAUAUUGGUGAAUGGUAAGACCUUUGUAUAUUUGCCUCAGGAUUCCAUAAAAAGAGACUUAAAUAUGUUAUGAUACUGAUGGUAUGAUUGUAUGUCAACUUAAAUGUUGUACAAAUUAUUUGUAUUUUCAAACCCAUUUACGAAUGCUGAAAUCAUAUACUACCCUUACUAGUACUGAGGGGUAUUUUUACGAUGUUAGGAUUCUAAAAUGAGUAUAUGUCAUAUAUGUUAGAAAGAAUUUGUUGGGAACAAUAUUUUUGAGAAUAUUGUUUCAUGGAGCAAUCUUUGUCGGUGAUAAACUUCCUAAACACUAGUCACUUAGUUACGGUCCUGGUGUCAUAACUAGUGUAUCCCAAAUUGUUCUCCAAACCAGACCGUCGCAAUCUAACCCUGACCUCGAUUCACGGUAUAAAGUAGCUGCAAUCCCAAGAAAUAGCUUGUCUUUCAUCCUAUCAUAUUUCAUGUAAAUUUACUGUGGAAUUAUUUUGAUCUGUUUGUUUUUUGUGGCUAUUUUAUACCAUGUGUCAAGGGUGAAAACUGCAAGUAAUUUUGGGACCCCACCAGCAGUACACAGUCCCAGUCUUCAGCAGUUGUAUAUAAAUAUAGUUGGUGAAUGUAUUCAGUUUGUUCCACACCGAAAAGUCUGCUCGGAACUCCAUUUGUUUGGCACCUGGCAGGUUCUUCUUUUCCAACAACCCAAGCAUCUCUUGCUGAAGGAAAUUUCAUCGCCAAAAUUAUUCUCUCCAGUAGUACACCAUACCUGUGUUAAGUGUCGCACAUGGAUUCCUUUGAGCAAGAUGUAUGGAAGGGUUGGAAGAAAUAAUUUCAGGGAGUAAAUAAUGUGACCUGUUAUGAUGCCAUCUAUCAUGAUCUAUGAGGGCAUGGGUUAGUCUAGUAGUUAACGUAGUCAUCAGUCGCAAAGAAGCCCAUCAUGGACCUGCUUAAAUGCCGAUCUCUGGCUCCAAGUCUGCUGUAAAUGUCAGAAAAAAUCCCAAAUUGAAAACUUCAUGGUAAUGUUUAUUAAUGGUGUGAUGACUUGGUCCAGGUGACCUGUAUUUCACUGACAACAUGACCAAUGAAGAGGAAGAAACUUUCACAUUAAUUUUGCAUUAUUGUAUCGAAUGCAAUGUUAAUAUGUCUCUGAAAUAAAGAAAAUAAGAGCCUUUAUUUUGAAUCCUAGAUAAAUCCCUGAACAUUAUUUGAACCACUCUGCAUGUGUCCCUGCUGUGAUAUUGCUGCAAUAUUGCAAAAACAAAAGUGAUCUAAAAUAUUACUUCUCACCUGGGUAUAUAUUGGUGGAAACUGGACCCCGGGAGAGGAGCAGGAGAGUUAGACUAAGUUAACUCACAGACGUCUUUGAAAUUGAUUAUAUAAUUAUUUUAAAUGUCAAAUUUUCAACCAAGAGUUAUAUGGAUGUUACUAAAUUGUUACUUUAGCCUUUUAGUUUCUUUCGAAUAUGUCCCUUGUAUGUCAACUUUGAAGGGCUUACUCAAUCGUUUCAGAAACAUAUUUGCUUCUUUUUUUUCAAAAUACGAUUCCUAGCUGUUUCAUCCUAUGAAAUACAAGACAUCAAUGACAGCAGCAAACAUGCCUUUUCAUCUAUCUGUGUCCAGUUAAGCCAUCCAAUAAAAAGGACCCUAGUAUUACCAAGAUGCAUUGAUAGGCCAGUGGCUAUUUUGUUAGCUGAUAUAAGAUUUCUGUCUUAAUCAUGACUAUGACAGCAUGUGCUGUAUAAAAUCAGUGAUAUUGAUCAGGACUUGCUUCUCAACAACAAGAGCACCGAAGUACCAGGUUUAUGUUUGAUGUCGCAUACGAGUGAUGUUUCUUUACAGUGUUGGACAUAGAGAUCACUCUUGUACAUAACCUUUGUGACAGUUGCCAUUUGUUAGGGGAACAGUAUCAAUGGGUUGCAGCAGAACAUGUAUUUGGGUAAGCUGAAGUAACAUGUCUUUAAGGUCGGAAUUAGUAUUCAUAAUUUUUCACAUACAUCCAGUCAUUAUUUGCAGUUUUGUUGGGAUUUCAUUGAGGAUUAUUGAUCAUAAUCUUUUUGUCAUAACUAAUUCAUCAUAAUUGGUUCCGUUUCAUAUGUUUUCCCAACAUGUCAGUGCCCAUUUUCAUCAUAAUUUCAAAUUACAGAAUGUUAUUCAAAAACUGUUUCCUGUUUUUUCCUGACAAUGUAUCCAUAAAGUACUUAUUUUUGGUGCAACUAGUAAAUCUUUUUUUUUAAUCAUUCAUCAUAACAUCACUAUGUGUCAUCUGAGUCUUGUAAAAGGAUGCAUAUCAGUGAUGUUGAUUGUAAUACAAUAAUGUUACACCCCUAACAAGGCUUUCAAAUUGCUAAAUCCAACAUGUAUAAGCCUUGACAUUGACUCUUGAGCACAAGUAGAUGUGCCUGUCCGGUUGCUUACCAUGCUUACGUCUGUCGAUAAAACAGAGCAUGUUUUACUUGAAUACAACCCAUCGCUUCAUCCAAGGACAUGCUGCGGAAGUUGAUCGACUGCCCAAGGGAUUAAUUAUGCCUGACUGUAUCAUAUUCCAUUUGAUGAUGUUUGUCUGGUAUUUUCCUUUGUUCUGUACACAAUGUAUUUAAACUAUUGAUGCUUCAGGGAAUAUUACUACAGUAAAAAUUAAAUGUAUUUAAUUGUAAUUAGUAUUGUAGACUCACUGGUUUAAUGUCAAGAUAAUUUGAACGGUAUAAACUGUGGAUAAUUGUGUAAUGGAUAUAAUUUGUAUUUAUUUGUGACAAAAUUGAGAUUUUAGUCAGUGUAUGAUAUUAGUUCCUUUCAUCAAUAUUAGUUGCUCUGUUUCAGUUGUUAGUUAUUCUCUUAUGAGUAGAGUACCAACAUUACCAAUAUCUUUGGCCUGUUUUCGCAUUUAACAUUAUGUUACAGUUAGCAGACUGCAACUUUGAGUUUUGAUCAUGUUUGACUUGAGUUUGACCCAAAACCAUAAGAAAUUAGUUGCCAUGAUAUGUUUGAUUCCUUCAUGCCAUCCUGUUUGACCCAUUGAUGUUGGUGGAUCUAACUGGAGUUUGACAUUUUGUAUUUCUUGGUUUGUAAAAUUAUGAAAUAUUUAUUGACAUAAGUUCGUCUCAGCUGUGAAUUGCUACCUCAUUUAGUAUAUUCUUGUAGCAUGGAGAGAAAAAAUAUUAAUUUUGGCAGUCUGGUGUUCACUUGCUUGUGCAUGAUAUAUUUAAUGCCACUAAAAUUUCAAGACCUUACUGUAUGUGUGCAGGAAAGUUUGAAAAAGAAUGAAAUCUGAGCUAGAUAACGGUGACACUUUGGAAUAUUUGACCUCUGUUACAAGUAGUGUAUGCAUACUCCCAAGAUACACUGUCACAAAUGUUCAUAUGUUUAAAUUUUCAGGGUAAUAUGUAAAAGCUGUUAUACAAACCUCAAAUUUUUUUGAUUAAUAGGAAGGGGUAGCCUUGGGAUUUUUGUUCAAGAAAAUACUUCUCUUUUGUUGUUAUUAUUUCAACCUGACAUUAGUUUGGGCAUCCAUUACACACCAAAAUCCCUUCCAUCAUCUAGAAGUUUAUUUUUUGUGCAGAAGUUAUGUUUUUCCCCUUUCAGACUAGAUUAUAUUUUAGGUAAUAUCCCAGCCCCCCACCACCCCCCGAGGAUGACAUGAACAGUCCCGGAGCCUUGUGAAACCCGUUUCCUCUGUAUCCGCUUCAUUGCAUACUGUCAGGGGUAUAGUCUUCGUUCAACAGAUAACAACAUGGUUUGUCAUGUGUAUGUAAAUAUAUGUGUAUAUGUAUGUAUGUGGUUUAUCAAUGAUAUAAACUAUGUGCUAUUAA